AUGCAUAGUGAGACAAUUGAAGAUGGAAGGAAGAUUGUUUCAUACAUUUAUUCGAGGUGUUUGCUUACCCAUUGGAUGAAGGAAUUCACAAAUGGCAAGGAGCUUAUUAGACCUGCAGUGACGCGAUUUGCCACUUCUUACUUAACUUUGCAGCGCCUUAAUCAACUAAAAGGAGAAUUGAUAAAUCUUUUUACAUCCUCUAAGUGGAAGUCUAGUAAGUUUGCAAGGACACGGAACGGGAAAAGAAUUGAAGGCGUGGCUUUAGACAAUCGUAACUUCUGGACAAAUGUUGCUAAUUGUCUAAGAGCUCCAAUACCUCUUGUUAAAGUACUCCGAUUGGUGGAUUCAAAUGAGAGACCGACUAUAGGAUUCAUUUAUGAAGCAAUAGAUCGUGCCAAGGAGGAAAUUCAAAAAAACUUCAAUAACAUCAAAAAGUGUCCAAGUUUCCGUUUAGAUGCAGAGGUGAAAAUAGGGGUUUAUAAAUGUCUCCAAAGAAUGGUUCCUGAUUCUAAUGAGAGAGUAAAAAUUGAUUGCCAAAUGGACGCAUUCAAAGCUGCAAGAGGGCUCUUUGGCAUAGAAAAUGCAAUAUUGACAAGGAACAAGAAGUCUCCAGCUGAAUGGUGGAAUUCAUAUGGUGAUGAGUGCCCCGAGUUAAAGCAGUUUGCAAUUAGAAUAUUGAGUUUAACAUGUAGCUCUUCGGGAUGUGAAAGGAACUGGAGUGCCUUUGAGAUGGUGCAUUCAAAAAGGAGAAACCGGUUGCAACAAAAGAAAUUGAAUGAUUUGGUAUUUGUUAUGUAUAACAUAAAAUUGAGGGAGAGGCACGUGAAAAGACAAGCCAUUGUAGAACCAAUUUGUUUUGACGAUGUCUCUUUCGAUGAUGAAUGGAUUACCGAAAAAGAGGAUCCGGUUCUUCCAACAAAAACUAAAUGGUUGAGGGUUCUUGAUGACAAAGUUCAAGAAAGGAUGACUAGGACACUUGAGGAAAUUUAUGCAAUUGAUGAUAAUGAAGACGUGGAGCCAUUAAAUCCCGUUGAUGAUGCUAAUGAGGAAGAUGGUGAUGAUGAAGAGUUCAAUGAUGACUUUAUGGAUAUGUAA